AUGGCCCAAGAACAGCUCCGUAUCCUCAUUGUUGGCAACGGUGGCCGAAACGGCGGCACAGGUCCCAAGAUCACCAAUGUGAACAUCAAGGGCGACAACUAUCCUGCACUGGUGGAAUUUGCUCAGAAGAACCAAGUGAACCUCGUGGUUCCAGGUCCUGAAGCGCCAUUAGUGGAUGGAAUCCAAGGAUAUUUCCAAGCUGUCGGUAUCCGCUGCUUUGGUCCUUCAAAAGCUGCUGCGCGCCUUGAGGGCUCCAAGACUUUCUCCAAGGAUUUCAUGCAGCGCCACAACAUCCCAACCGCUGAGUUUGGAAACUUCUCCGACUACGAGGCCGCACGCCGCUACCUAGACUCUGUCUCGCACAACGUUGUCAUUAAGGCAGAUGGACUGGCUGGUGGCAAGGGCGUUAUCAUCCCCACCACCAAGGAAGAGGCCCACCAAGCUCUUAAGGAGAUGAUGGUCGAUCUGCAGUUUGGCAAGGCCGGCAAUGAAGUUGUCAUCGAAGAAUACCUGGAGGGAGAUGAGCUGAGCAUUCUCACUUUCAGUGACGGUUAUACCAUCCGGUCUUUACCUCCCGCGCAGGACCACAAGCGCAUUUUCGAUGGUGAUCAGGGCCCUAACACUGGUGGCAUGGGUUGCUAUGCUCCCACUCGCAUUGCGCCUAAGGAGGUCCGAGAGGAGAUUGACCGAACAAUUAUCCAGCCAUCCAUUGACAGCAUGCGCAAGGACGGUUUCCCAUUUGUUGGUAUCCUUUUCACUGGCCUUAUGAUGACAAAGAAUGGACCUAAGGUCCUCGAGUACAAUGUCCGUGGUGGAGACCCCGAGACGCAGACCUUGCUGCCUCUUCUCAGCGCAGACACCGAUCUUGCGCAGAUCAUGGUCGCCUGUGCUGAGCACUGGCUUGACGGUGUCUCUAUCAACAUCGAGCCCAAGUACUCUACUACUGUCAUUGGUGUUGCUGGUGGCUACCCUGGCUCAUAUGCCAAGGGCAAGCCUAUUACCUUGGAUCCCACUCCAGAGGGCACGCUUAUUUUCCACGCUGGUACCACGCGGUCUGGUAACGAGCUCCUGACUUCCGGAGGCCGCGUCAUUGCCGCCACGGCAACUGCUUCCACUCUUGAGGAAGCUGUCAAGAAGAGCUACGAGGGUAUCUCCACCAUUCACUUCGAGGGCAUGUUCUACCGAAAGGACAUUGCUCAUCGUGCGUUCCGCCAAACUGCCAACACCUCGCUCACCUACGCCGCCGCUGGUGUCUCUAUCGAUGCUGGUAACGAGCUUGUGAACCGCAUCAAGACCGCCGUGAAGAGCACCAAGCGUCCCGGCACUGAUGCCGUCAUCGGUGGAUUCGGUGGCCUGUUCUCUCUUGCUGCUGCCAAUUCGCAAUACCACCCCGAAUCUCCCACCCUGAUCGGAGCGAUUGAUGGUGUCGGCACUAAGCUCAAGAUCGCUCACUCUGUCGGCAUCCACGAUACCGUCGGCGUCGACCUCGUCGCCAUGAACGUCAACGACCUCGUCGUCCAAGGUGCCGAGCCCCUCUUCUUCCUAGCUACUAACUCCUGCGGCCACCUCGACGUACCCACCGCCACAGCCUUCGUGACCGGUGUUGCUGACGGCUGUGUACAAGCCGGCUGUGCCCUGAUCGGCGGCGAAACGGCCGAGAUGCCCGGCCUCUUCGUCGACAACACCUACGACGCCAUCGUCGAACGCGCAGGCCUGAGCUACUCCCGACCCUGCCCCCUUCUCCAUGCCCGGCCUGCCCGCCGACGUCUCUCUCGGCCGUGCCCUCCUCACCCCCACCCGUAUCUACGUCAAGCCCAUCCUGAAGACCCUUGCCUCUCACCCCGGCGCGAUCAAGGGUCUGCCCACAUCACCGGCGGCGGUCUAGUCGAGAACAUCCCGCGCAUGCUGCCCGCCACCCUCACCGCGGAUAUCGACGUGCGCAACUGGAAGCAGCCGUCUGUCUUCAACUGGCUCCAGCGUGCGGGUAACGUGUCACCGGCUGAGAUGGCGCGUGCCUUCAACUGCGGUGUUGGUAUGGUCAUUGCCGUCGAUCCUGCUGCCGAGGCUGCUGUGCGCCAGAGCUUCGAGUCGCAGGGCGAGGCCGUAUACCGGGUGGGCCAGCUGCGUCCUCGUGCCGAGGGCGAGGAGGGCUGUGAGCUCACCGGUCUGGAGUCGUGGGCUUAG